AUGCAGGGGGGCCCCCCUACCCAGCAGCGGGGCAAUGAAAACCCUAAACAGCAGCAGCAGCAGCAGCAGCAGCAGCACAAGAACAAGCAGCAGCAGCAUAAACAACAAAAUAAACAAAAAGGAAAAAACAAAAGAAAGAGAGAGAAGCAGCAGCAAGAAGGAGACAAUAACACUGCUGCAGCAGACAGAGAAGGGGGGGGCCCCCAAAAGAAAAGACGCAUGCAGGGGGGCCCCCCUACCCAGCAGCGUGGCAAUGAAAACCCUAAACAGCAGCAGCAGCAGCAGCAGCAGCAGCACAAGAACAAGCAGCAGCAGCACAAGAACAAGCAGCAGCAGCAGAAGCAGAAGCAGCAGCAGCAGAAGAAGAAAGAGACAGAUAAAAACUAA